ACCCAAAGGCCGAGAGCAAGAUUCUCGGGUCUGAGAGGUAAACAUAAACCUGCUAUUGUAAGGAAAUUGAGAACGAAAUGAAGAGCAACGCUCAGAUGGUUUUCUGACGAAUUAUUCCCUCAAACCUUGUUCGAAUUAUAUCACCUAAAUUCUCAUUUUCCGACCAACAAAGCACGAGUCAAAAAUAACAGCUCAGAAGACGAGUCAAAUUUUUCGUUUGAGUUUUGAGUAGCUGCGACAACAAUGGAGGAAGAAGACGUCGAGGGGAGGCAGACGGAAAUGACCAGGGUGACAACACACGUCCAAGAGACAAUAGCGAGUUCUGCAAAAACGGUGACCUCGAGUUUGCUUCUAAGUCGAAUAUCCGGGCAGCAUAAUUCAGCCGAUGAGUCCGACACGGUUGAAUACGACUCCGAAAGCGAGGUGGAAAAUAUUCCAAAGGAUGAGGAGAGCGUCCCAAUCGUUACGGAUGAAAAGGGGAUCCGGAUAUCUGGUCCGACGAGAAAAUCGCGGGUCGGAAAGUCCAAUCCAUCAAGAGUGUCGACGGCCACGAUCCGCGUGAACGCGACGACCUCGACCUCGAGAUCAAAGGCGAAGGCUGUUUCGUCCAAAUUUUGUGGGAACAGGGCAGGACUCUUUGUGACUUCGACGCAGAGUCCUCAGUCGAGCUCGAGUCAGGAAGAAUACGAACCGGAAGUCAAGACAAUACCAAAGCAGCAGCUACUCACUACGGGAAGCACCAGCCUGGUGGUUGCAAGGUCCAUGGAGGGCCUCCGUACCUCGAGGAACUUUUUAAGCACCGACGAGCGCUACAGCGAGGACCGCAAGUCCUUGGAAUCACUGUCCUCCUCCUCGGAGACGCACACAACGUCCAGGGCUCAUCAUCGGAGCUUUUUAACAUCGUCGGAAAAGGAUGUGCGUCGUAUCGUUACCACGGAGUCUCGAAGCAGCGAGAACUUACAGAGAGAAGAGAGCUUGAACGCCGAGGUGCGACGUGGACUGUUUGCCAAUACUGGAACGGAACGGAAGAUUCCUCAACAUCUCAGUCUGCCACCGUCGUCUGGAGUCUUCUCGCUGACCAGUCCCGGUGGAAGUGAUCGAAGGAUCACGAUCCUCAGCCCCCACUCGCCUGCUCAAACUCCGGAUCUUCUACAGUUCACGAUGCAGUCAACGCUGAAGACCAGGAGGAAGAAGGCUGUCGUACUGCCGAGGUUGGUGUUACCUAGAAGCGACUCGGAGGUCUUCUUAGAUUUUGACGUGGAAAAUGGCGCUUCACCGUUGGACGGCGGUGCAGGGGGUGGCGGGGGUGCGUCCCCCAGUGCGGGGCUGGUCCUCCAAACCCUACCCCAGAGGAGAGAAAGUUUUCUUUACCGAAGUGACAGCGACUUCGAGAUGUCGCCGAAGUCGAUGUCGAGAAACAGCUCGAUCGCAAGCGAGAGGUUCAAAGAGACAGAGCCGCCUGUCGAGCGCGCGAUAUUUACCGAUCAGUACAGUCAUGGAGAGGAUCUCAUCGUCACACCUUUCGCGCAAAUUCUUGCCUCGCUACGUUCAGUCAGGAACAACUUCUUGUCCCUCACCAAUGUACCAACAAACAAAUCACGAAGGAGCAGCGGGGCUCAGGGCGGUAGCACGCCACAGCCGCGGAACUUGGCGCCAGGAGACGAACCCUACAUGAAAUUGGCUGUCGAGACGAUAGAAGAACUUGACUGGUGUUUGGACCAGCUCGAGACUAUACAAACGCAUCGCUCCGUAUCGGACAUGGCGUCUCUCAAGUUCAAGAGGAUGCUGAACAAGGAGUUGUCACAUUUUUCGGAAUCUUCAAAGUCCGGAAAUCAAAUUUCCGAAUACAUCUGCUCCACUUUCUUAGACAAGCAACAGGAGCUGGACCUCCCGUCCUUGCGAAUCGAAGAUGCGGUCGCAGCCACCGGAAACGUCGAUGUCCGAGCUGUCAAGAAGAAGGACCGCGUCCAGAGGGGACCGGCGGCAAUGUCGCACAUCAGUGGCGUCAAGAGACCACUUACACACACGAACAGCUUCACCGGAGAGCGCGUUCCCCUUCACGGCGUCGAGACGCCCCACGAGGAGCAGCUUGGAAAGCUACUCUCCGACAUCGACAAGUGGGGCAUUGACAUCUUCAGGAUAGGCGAACUCAGCAACAACCGUCCCCUAACCUGCGUAGCCUACACCGCUUUCCAGAGCCGUGAUUUGCUCAAAUCCCUCGCCAUACCCCCCAAGACGUUCGUCACCUUUAUGAUGACGCUUGAGGACCACUAUGUGAAGGAUAAUCCCUUCCACAACAGCCUCCACGCAGCCGAUGUCACCCAAUCCACCCACACUUUACUCAACACGCCGGCGCUUGAGUCAGUUUUCACGCCGCUUGAAAUCACCGCAGCUCUCUUUGCCGCGACAAUUCACGACGUGGACCAUCCCGGAUUGACGAAUCAGUUUCUCAUCAAUUCGAGUUCGGAGUUAGCUCUGAUGUACAACGACGAGUCGGUCCUGGAGAACCAUCAUCUAGCGGUCGCGUUUAAGUUACUUCAGAACGAGGGCUGUGACAUAUUCGUUAACAUGACAAAGAAGCAGCGGCAAACGUUGAGGAAGAUGGUGAUCGACAUGGUCCUAUCGACGGACAUGUCCAAGCACAUGUCGUUGUUGGCUGACCUGAAGACCAUGGUCGAAACUAAGAAGGUGGCCGGUUCCGGAGUGCUCCUGCUCGACAACUACACGGACAGGAUCCAAGUCCUGGAGAACCUCGUGCACUGCGCAGACCUCUCGAACCCCACGAAGCCGUUGCCGCUGUACCGGAAGUGGGUCGGUCUCCUGAUGGAGGAAUUCUUCCUCCAGGGCGACAGGGAACGCGACCAAAACAUGGACAUCAGCCCGAUGUGCGAUCGGCACAGCGCAACGAUCGAGAAGUCCCAGGUUGGUUUCAUCGACUACAUAGUACAUCCGCUGUGGGAAACGUGGGCGGACCUCGUUCAUCCCGAUGCCCAGGACAUCCUCGACACUCUGGAGGAGAAUCGUGACUGGUAUCAGUCGAUGAUACCGCCCAGCCCGCCACCCGCUGAACAGCAGCAACUCGCCUCCGAACAACAGUCCGACGAUAGGAUACGGUUUCAAGUGACCUUGGAAGAGGGGGACGAGUCAGGAGAGACGGGGGAGGGUGGCGGUGAGACGGAUGAGAACGCCGGUGAGGCUGGGAUGUGACGGAGGCUGGCUGGCAUUUGCAGAAAGCUUCACGUUAAGGUGCAGCAGACUUGGUGGCGGGUGCGCCAGUGACGUCAUCUAUUCCACACGAACGUUUCAACGAACAUCGAGGUCGCCAAACGCCGCGGUACUUCUGUAUGAUACUGCGUACUGUGCGUCUGGGUACCUACUAAGGUGCCGACUCUACCGAGGAUACACUUUUCAUACCGCUUAUUGCGGGGUAUAACUGUCCUCUGACAACUUGCCACCGAUCAGUGGCGACGAGAAUUUGUUUUGAUUGUUUUUCGCGGUUUGUUUGUUUGUUUGUUUGUUUGUUACUUUGUUUAUUUCACUUUAUUUUCCUGUACGGCAAAUAUCGACGGCAAGGGUUAUUACGACUAAUUCGAGUUGGGAUGGGGGAGGAGAAAUUUUUUUCACUUUCUCUAAGAAGUGAAACAAGAGGAAGAAUUCCAACGCUCGAAUAUGUAUGAACGAAUGACAUGUCUAAUGGAUCGGGCAAAGUUCAAAGUUUGUUAUCUGAGAAUGUGAACUGCAACGUGAACAAUUUUCAUCAAAUCUCGAUGCACGAGAUGGGAAUUUAAGGAGCGGUUGCCGGUGUUUUAAAUUCUGUCGCUGUGGAGAGCACGCGGAAUUUUAUUUCUCGCGCACAAUUUUCGCAGUCCGCAGUAAAACGGAGGAGGAGUAAGCGAAUCUCGAAACGUACGUAAAACUUGGAAGAUAUGAGUGUACGAGGAAUGCCGUGAGAAUGAUCACACGGUCAAGUAAUGCCGGAGACGGGAUGGUCGUGUCACGUUGACGAAGGAACAAGAAGAAACGAGAUGAAGGAGAAGAAAGACGACGCGGCAAAGAAAAUCUGAAGCAAGCUUGUGUAACCUGGGAAAACUUGAAAACUAGUUAUGAAUCAAGUCCAAAUUCGAAGAGGCAACGAAAAUUGAAAGAGGAAAUUGAAUACAAGAGGACCGCAGCCGGCAGUUGUCAUUGGACAUGGAGGAAGAUAGUUUCGUUGGACAGAGACAGUAUUUCCAAGAACAUAUCAAUUAACAACAAUAUAAAAAUUUCGGUAGAUCGUCAGAUCAGAGAGGACGAUGAUUUGAGAUGUUUUUUUCGCUGAGCUUAGUAACAGCGCAAUAUUAAAAUUACUGGCAGCUUGCAGAAAAAUGAUAAUUACGAUGUUAAUUAUGCAGAAAUUGAGUGCAAGCGCCUGAUGCUACAAGGGUAUGUAAAUCGCAACAAUGUAAAGGCAAGAGAAAAAAAGAGUUGGAAAAAAAAAAAUGAUAGGCAACUGUUGCAAGAAUCGUGUUAAUUAUAAAAGAAUAGGAUUGAAAAUUCUACCAUGAGCUUAAUAUUAUUCUGACUGUUUCUUAAAAAAUCUUAUAGCUAGGCAUGGUAGAUGUCAGUUAAAAUAUAGGAAAUCCGAUUCGCAGUCAUUAUUUCAAGUAUUAGGUGUCGCGUUGAAAAAAAAUCAAAUUUCAAAUGUGAAACGAGUGAACCAGAAAAUGGUUAGUUUUAAAUUGUUCUAGUCUCCGUGGGUAUAAUGAAUUAGUGAAUAAUUGUUUGAAAAAGAUGGACGAAUAAUACAUCGUAUCCGACUUGCAGAGAAGCGAGUCCAGAUUUAAGAAUGAUCAAAGGAACGAUGCGGCCGCGUAUGUUUUUUAAAACGCACAUGAAAUGCAUAUGACGAGGAGAAAAAAAAAGAGUAAAAAAUUGAAGAAAAAAAAAAUACACGAAAACAAUAAACUUAUUGGUUCGUCCUUUGUUUUUCUGAUUCUCUAAUAAUACCCCAACAGUAGACAACAAAGAUAACUAUCUUGAAAGUAAGAUUUUGUCUCAAUUGCUUAUUAGAGCUUAGAAUUGUAAUAAAACAAAGAAAAAAAAUUAUAUAAGGAAAAAAAAAACAAAAAAAAAAAAAACUGAAAACUAGAAA